UCCAUGUUGGUGUAAAAAAAAGAGAGCCCCGAAGCUACCCAGGAAAAAAAAUAAGGGGACGGGGGUAGGAGCAAAAAACAUUCAGAAAAAAAAACUAGCGGCGUCGUCGUCAGCCGGUGCAUUUACUCCUAAAAAACCCCCCGCUUGGUGUCAACGUAUAUAAAUAUAUAUUUAGAGGGGUGGGAGGUAGAGAUAUUGUUAGUGUAUAGCAGGUUGAGCGUUGUUCAUUUAUUUGUUUAUUUAUUUAUCUAUCUAGCUCGGAAUUGAUUAUUUAUUUAUGUAAUAUACUGACAACAUUCCGACCAUGGUGCGCACUGGGAGUGAAUGACAGUGCUUCCGUGGCAUUCUGGAUGGAUGGCUGUAGGAGGUGCUGAGCCUGUCUGGAUGAUCCCGUGCGUUAGAUGUCCACUAGAGGAUGGCGGUGCUGAGAGCACUAAUCUGGGCAGUGCUGGUCUUUGGGCUUCUGCACGCAUCUCAUGCGGUGAAGAAGUACGUGAAGAAAGGCAAGGGCAAAAACAAAGGACUGGACCACUGCCCAUUCUCAACCACAAAGACCACACUGGCUCGGAAUGAUUCUAAGGAAGAGGUCACCAUUGUUAACACCACAAGCACCAUCAUCAACCGGAUGCUGCAAUUUUAUGACCCGCGCAUUCGGCCCAAUUUUAAAGGUCCACCUGUGGACGUUCGAGUGAACAUUUUCAUUAACAGCUUCGGGUCCAUCCAGGAAACCACAAUGGACUACCGCGUGAACAUCUUCCUGAGACAGAAGUGGAACGACCCGCGCCUGCGGCUGCCGCAGGACUACCACGGCUCGGACAUGCUCACCGUGGACCCCAAGCUCUUCAAGUGCCUCUGGAAACCCGACCUGUUCUUCGCGAACGAGAAGAUGGCCAACUUCCACGACGUGACGCAAGAGAACAUCCUGCUCUUCAUCUCGCGCAACGGCGACAUCCUUCUCAGCAUGAGAUUGUCUCUGACCCUGUCCUGUCCUCUGGACCUCACCCUCUUUCCAAUGGACACGCAGCGCUGCAAGAUGCAGCUUGAGAGCUUUGGCUACACCACGGACGACCUGCGGUUCAUCUGGGAGCCGGGAGACCCCGUGCAGAUGGACGAGGUUGCCCUCCCCCAGUUCGAUGUCGGCACUGACAACAUCGAGUACGGGAACUGCACCAAGUUCUACCAGGGAACAGGGUACUACACCUGCGUGGAAGUGAUCUUUACACUGCGGCGACAGGUCGGCUUCUACCUGAUGGGGGUCUACGCCCCGACCCUGCUGAUUGUGGUGCUCUCGUGGCUCUCCUUCUGGAUCAACCCCGACGCCAGCGCUGCCCGCGUGCCUCUCGGUAUUUUCUCGGUGCUCAGCUUGUCAUCGGAGAGCAUGUCGCUGGCCGCCGAGCUCCCCAAGGUGUCGUACGUGAAAGCCAUCGACAUCUGGCUCAUCAUGUGCCUGGUCUUCACGUUCGCCUCCCUCGUCGAGUACGCCAUUGUGCAGGUAAUCCUCAACAACCCCGGGCGGAUCGCAGCUGAGAAGGUGCGCCAAGCCCGCCGGCAGAAGCUUCGCGCCGCCGAAGAAGAGGAGCGAGCACUGCGGAGCGGCGGCGGUGGCGGCAGUGAUGCCACGAGACAUUCCUAUGGCGGCGGCGGAGUGGUCAGCGGGGGCGGCACUUUGGGGCGGCCUUCCCCACGGAUAAACGCGGCCACCAACGGCAUGGCCACGCCCGGUCACAUCAGCAUCCUGCAGGGAGGAGACUCGCGGUGCAAGCGCGUGUGCCAGUCUCGCUCGGACCUGCGCAUGGGCGACUUCAGCAUCGUGGGCAGCUUGCCGCAGGACUUCGACCUCACCAACUACGACUGCUACGGCAAGCCAGUGGAGGGGCUGGCCACGCGGCCCAACGGCAGCAUGCGUGGCGGCGGUGGCGGCGGCAAGAACGCCAAAAAGCCUCCGCCACCCAAGGCGGUUAUCCCGAUGGAGGCCAAGCGCGUGGACCAUUACGCCCGCGCUCUUUUCCCCUUCUGCUUUUUCUUCUUCAACAUAAUCUACUGGUCCGUGUACCUUUGAUGGUGGGCCAGCUCGGGUGUACGUUGGUUUUUUAAGGGUUUUAUUUUUUCGAUGAGGUGGAUGUGAAGGAAGGCAAAGGCAAAUCCUUUCACCUAACGUCCCACCGUUAUUGCCAGUCCCUUAAAAGUACUGUGACGGUAAAUCAUGGGGCUGAGAUGGAGUCGCAACAUUUGGUGUUUGUGUGAAGCAGCUCUGUUAACCUUGCCUCCACCAAUGAGACGAUUGUACAGGAACAUUGGGGAUCUUUAAAAAAAAAAAUGACCAUAGCAACAUUGACUCAUUCUUAAAUUACUCACGACUAAUUCUGCAGGGUUUUUACGAAUACAAAAUGACAGAAAAAUUCAUUUUAUACUUGCACACAUCUGUAAAACAGUAUAUUUAUAUAAUACACACACACGCAUAUUGCAUACAAUGCAUAUGAGGUAUAUAUACGUGUAUACAACACAGAGUAUAUAUUAACUUACAUAUAUAUGUGAUUGUAUGCAACACACUGAAGUAUUUCUCCAAAGGUGAAAGGGUUGUGGCUUUGUUUCCCUUCAAUGACAUACCAGAUUAGGCGUACACCUCCGCACAAAGAUGGACGAGACUCGCACUCGAGGAGCAGAAUUGAGUUACCAGCUAUCGUCAUAAAACAUCAGGGCUAAUUUAAUGACACCAGACUACUCGUCAGCUUAACUAGAAGCUCCCAUGGCAAUUGCAUAAGGAAUUUGACAGAAAACAACAUAAAAACAAAUAUAAGCAGAAUCAAACUCUUUCUGAUUGUUUCUUAUGUAUACCACAGCCUCUCAUUAUUCGAAUCAGUCAGAGGUAACAAGCCCCAUGGAGACUUAUAGAUGCACACUCGUUGUUUACAUGGUAAAGCAAGCCAUGUCAAGUUUAUAAAAUAUAUUUAUAUAUUAUGACCAAUAUUCUUGGGUCUUUCGGUAAAGUCACGUAGAUAGGUUCAAAGAAAAUAAGAUUUUUUUUUUAAAAACGACGUUUCGAUCGCAACACAAGCAAUCGUCAUCAGAAGAAAGAAAAAAAUAGCGGGAAAGCUGCUGAGGCAGGAUGUUUUGAACCUAUUGACGUGACUUUACCGAAAGACCCAAGAAUAUGAAUUCCUACAGUCACGAAAGCUUUAAGUCAAAAUAUUAUGACCAAGUUGAAAAAAAAGCAGUUCGGUUUUUGGAUAUAACCUAUUUUCAGUCAAUUACAUUUACAUCACUCAAAUCUGGGUUACAGCGAUGUUAGAGUAACCCAACAUUUGAGGGUUGCACCGUGACAAAGGGAAAUUAUUUUGUUUCAGUGUCUUAAUCAGUGUUGAUAUAAAAGUCACCCGUUUACAGUGAGUUUUCGUUAAAAAGCACAAGAGCCAAGCUCGGUUGUCUAGUAUACUCGCCACAUGACACUGCAUGCCGACUUCCGAUGAUUGCAGUGACAGUGCAUGCAGUGCGAAUGCUACAAAAUAACAACAAGGUCAUUGCCUUCAACCGCAGACACGAGCAUCUCGCUAUGCGGCCACACUGGCUGGUGACCACGUUCGUCAAGUGGGGAUAGUUGACUCCCACCCCCUCAGUAACAGACCAGCUUCACUGAUUUUGCUCGGGGGUAAUUGGCAAAGCAUUGUAGCAAAGUUUUGCGGCCAUGAGGUCGAAUUCACGGAUGGAAUUGCGCCCGCUCGAAGCAAAACACCAAUCAAUCCAUUGAGAUGAUGGUACGUAAGCUGUGCUCCACUAUAAACCGAACCAAUGAUCAAACCGCAGGUAUCUAUAUAAAUGUAUAGAUGAUUUCCAGUGCCCUUUCUAUUAUCGAUAUGCUUUAAGUUAUGAGAAGUUUAAAGGGUAGGUGCAUUAGAUUUAGUUGUGAUGUAUCCCCUUUUUUACCAGCUGAGUUGAGGUUUCAUCAGUUGGCGAUGUCAGUUUUGUUCACCUCGAAGCUGCUGUAUUAGUUUUUUCAGAUGGAUCUCACCAUUUGUGAGACCUCUGUCAUCAUUGUGCGAAUAGGAUAGCAGGCCAGUACUGUGCUGAUGACCCCUAAUGAGGUAGAACCAGCAUACUUUUUUUCUUCCAAUGUCUCAAAUAUUCAAUUUUAAAAAUAUAUAUACUUUGAAUGUUUUAGGCUGGUGGCUAAAGUUGUGGUACAUAUACGGUGUAGAGUAUAUGCGAUUUUGAUGACACUUGCAUGCUAUCGUGGCCACAAUUUUAGCUCCGCAUUGUUUAUUUCACCAUCUUUGUCACCGGGCCUGCUCAUGUAAUUGCUGGCUCAGGGAGUUCUUCUCCCUCGAUAAAUUGUAGUGGUGGGGGGGGGGGGAUUGUUGUCCCUCAGAAUCUUGCCAAUUGGACAAUGGCUCAAACACCACCGCCGCGGGUGGGUGACCUUUAGGCCGAAGAGCAGGUGGACGGUGGCUGUUGGGCACUCGCGUGCUGCCUGUAAGGAACCCUUUCCAGUGGUGUUCACACCGUAGAACAGUCAAGAGCGACUCGUGACACGGACAUCGCAAUAGGAAUUAUUAAAUGUGCGUUACAGGGAAAUGGGCAUGCUCAGCAAUUUGAUAUAAGCCAUUUAAUUCUUACUAUAACCCAUUCACUUGCUGGUAUAUGUACAGUAAUUAAAGAAUUUAUAUUCAAAAUACGAUUAUUUCUAUAAAAGAUUGCAACAACCCAUAAAUCAGACAUACUGUAUAGUCCUCCAUUUCUGCUUUCAUUGCUUAAUUUUUAAUCAAAUUAGAGUAGAUUGUGUUUGUAAAUGCAUUUCUGGAAAGUAUUGCUGAUAUUUUUAAUUUGACAAUCACAUUAAAUUACACUUGUCAAAUGAAUACUAGUAAUAACAACAGUCCUGGCUAAGUGAACGAAUGUAAUAUAUUAGAUGAUGUUUACCAUAUUCAGAUUAUUAGAUAAUCUAGAUGAGUAAGACGCGCCCUAAACUCGCUCCCAGUGUUCAUGAUGAAGUUGUACAAAUAUGGUCAUACACACAUACCGACUGGAUUGUAAGACUUAUGCCAACUGUUGCUUUACAAUACUGGGACAAGAGUGCAACUUAAUAAUCCAGAAAAUAUGGUGACUAAUGUCUUGGAAGCUCGUAUUAGUAAUAAGAAUGUGUGCCAAUUGUUGAGGCAGGUAAUGAACUGCUAUAUCUUUAUGCAGAAAAGACUUGUUAAAUGGUUACAUUCAGCUAACAGGAAAUUACAGGAAAUUGAUAUCGAUGUUUUUGCAGGAGCUCUGUUGAAUGGAGCAUAGGAAAACGGGCGGGCAUAUGGGAACUUAAACUAUGAGCUAGAGUUGUGCAUUUUAACGUGUGAUUAACCGCACACUGCGAGCGUACACCACAACUACAUUUAACACCUUUCACACCGUUUCCCACAACCACGAUCUAUGGUGAGUAGCAAAGCCCUCUUCCAGGCACUUAGCUUGGACAGCCCACUCAGACGAAUGCUACUCCUGUGUAUUUACUUUGUGCAAUGAGUAAAGCGACAAAAGUCAGGUCUGAGAUAUAUAUUGUUUGCAUCAACACCGCAUACUAUUUCUCCACACAAUCAGCAGCACAGAUGUAUUUUGGUUGGUCCUUGAGCUAUGGCUGCUUUCACAGCCACUUCACUGGCAAACCACCUUCCAUGUCCCACUUGGGCCCUGCUGGUGUAAUACUAUCAAGAUCCACGCCAUGCAGAGAUUCUCUCGGAUUUCCAAACAUGUGGGAGUUCAAAGGGGCUACAUUUGGGAUGUAUGCUGGAUUCGUCAGAUUAUCCCAUCCAAGCUUUCCUAACAAUUUCAGCGUUGCACGUGCAGAGUGUGAGCACUCAAAAGUUCAUGCUGACAUAUCGCUUCCCUUUUCCGAGAGUCCACAGUGGUUUUAAAGAAUGUCGGACUUCUUUAUGUCUACAGGUUACAAGGUGAAGCACUGGUGACUUAAUUUGCUGCCAAGUAACUGUUAUCAGACACUUCAUGGCCCCCCAAAAAUUUGCAUUUGUAUAUUAAAUCCUACUCUGGGCGCCAUGGUAGCAAGAUAUUAACUACCUCACCCGGUAUACAGGAAGCCGUGGGUUCAAUUUGGAUCCUGAAACCUGUAUAUUUGGAGUUUGCAUUUUCUUCCCGUGGUUAGAUUUUUCUCCGUGUCCUCCAGUUUUCCUCCACAUUUAUAAACGUGCGUUUAGAGUAUUUAGCUGCUAUACAUUUCUACCUAAUAUGCCACUUCGUUGAGCUAUAAUUUGUGGUCAGUUCGCUUCUGAAAAAAAGCUAUAUAUCUCAGUGGGCUUUACCUGGUAUAGCUCAAUGAAGUGGCUUAUCACGUGGACAUUUAUAGCGGCCAUAUAGUCAAAACCCAUGUUCUAUGGUUCUUUCGGUAAAGUCACGUAGAUAGAAAAAAAUAAAACCCAUGUUUCAAAAUGUGGAGGGAAAAAUCCGCUCGACCACGGGGAGAACGUGCAAACUCCAAAUAUGCAGGCUUCAGGGUCGGGCUCAAACCCACGAUCUGCUGUAUAGCAGGCGAGGUAGUUAACAUCUCUCCACUGUGGCACUCUAUGCUCGUCGUGAUCGUAAAUGUGUCCAUGAUUUAUAUAUUCACAACUAUAUUGUAGCUUCAUACUUUGAUAACUUCAAAUUGUCUCAAAGGAUAAUAUGUGAAUAAUAGCUAACUGUUCUUCUUAUGUGCAGUUAUAGAAGAGCAAGACUCCAUAUUUUAUUGUGAUAAUGUGUGCAUUUCGGUGAACGUUUCUGGAAAGAGAAAACAUUGAGUACAAGGGCCACGUCCCAUUAAUUAAACAAUGUUUUACUGAUAUUGCACUGGCAUCGGAUACAUCACUAUGAAACUUGUUGUAUUACAACCCUCACAUUGAAGCCAUACACACAUACUCUACAAUGACAAAUUAUUUCCCAGGUGUAGCCCUGUAGACUGCUACAAAGACCAAGAUCACCCAUUUGACCACAAUGUUGGGCAGUUGAUACGAGAAAGUUCCCAUAAAAAUUGGCAUGACACAUAUACUGUUGGUUUACACACGUCGCCAUAUAUAUUUCAGAUGAAGCUUACCUAUGGGAGCCCCUGUACAUGUUUAUAUACCACUCGCUAAUAUGUACAACCAACUAUUAAUCCUACAUCUUGAGAAUCAUGGAUCUUUAUAUAAACAACAGCAUCCCUCUCUCUUAAACACAGAUAGCACGUUGCCUUCUAAACUGUGGGGCAAGCGAUUUGGUGAGCACCUUGUUUGUAUGUUGAACUUCUUUCGCACCGUACGUAGCCAACCGGGCUAAUCGUAGGUGUCGGGGAAGGACGACAAAGGCUUAAGGUUGGCAUUGCAGGCAUGCAGAGUUCCAUGGCCGGCUCCAUUUCUCUGCAGUGCUGACGUUUACAGACCGGCAAUAGGCACUCACUUGAGGCAGAGUUGACCUGGUGAAGACGGAGCCCAUGUUACCUGCUAAAUGACAUGCCAACGUUGUUAUACAUAGCUCGUAAUUGAAUCCAAGACACUGGGAUCGUCACAUAGCGUAGUUCUAGCCGAAACACCUCGAUUAUUAUUACACACAAUAUACCGCCUUCACUCACAUACAUACAUAUGUAUACAAGGCACAGAUAAACAUUUGCAUCGUAAUAAUAUGUUACGAAAAAGGUAAACAGCCCACAGGUAUUGGUAACGCUGAAAUGUAUGUUCUGUUAGGCCAAAAGCAGCCUGAAUGCAGAGUUGUAAAACAUUUCACAGCAGAAGGCAGGCACUACUUCUCACAGAGGUGGGUUGCUUUUGGGAUAUGCCCACUCCUACUGCAAAUGUUUAACUUCUAUUGUAAAAUGUAUUUUGUGUGAUAAACCGUAGCACAUACCUUUAAAGUGUUGCUGUGCGAUGGACUGCAGCGUGUAUCCUAGAUUGCCAACACGGUUGUUGGGACAAACACCGUCUGCCAACAAACCACUUGAUAUACAGCUGCAGCUCAUUAAUGGUGUCUAUUAGCGUUGGGGAACCCAUAACUUGUACAGCAUUGACCCAGAGACGGUGAUUACAGUAAAUAUUAAAGUAUUAAAUUGCAAUUAGUAUGCAUGCCACAGUCGUAUUUUUCAAGUGUGAGUUUAGAUGUAAUAUGAACACACUUGUAAAAUUAAUCCAGUGUAUGAACCGGUGUGUGUGUGCUCAGCUAAGCAGCUCGAUGACGCUUUGAUUCAGCUUUAGGGAAUUCGGCACAGCGAUUGAUUGCAACGAGUAGAAUUAUCUUUGGAUGUGGCAACAAAUAUCUAACGGAAGUGACAACAAACAAAAUCACAGCGACGACAGGCAGAUUGCUGGCAGGGCUUUAAUUUCUCAUGGAAUAUAUUCCUGGGCCACACCCCUCAAGCCCUCCCCCCCCAAAGCCUGGCCCCCUCCCCUCCCCCCUACCAUUCAAAAGCGGGCGAGGGGGCGGGCAGUCAUAUAUUCAGAGCUUAGCCCCGGACAGCUCCCACUGAAAUGAAGCCCUGUGAUUUGCAGUUGACGAGGUUAGAUUUCUUACGGUUCACUUUUUGCAUUGUUGCAAAUGCCGUGUUUUAUUUGACUGUCCGUGUGUGUAUGUAUGCUGACAUCUUAUUUACAGCAAUUGCUCAGCCAACUUAUUUGCAAGUUAAAUUAAAACAUGACGUUAAAAUGCAACAGUGUUUGUUAUGUAUAAUCUGAUCGAUUGUAACACGAUUGAAUGGAUACAAAAUCAUGAAACAUUUAUCAUACUACAAUUAGUUGACAUCAUUUUAGCAAUUCUAAGUGAAUACGAAUGUGUGUACUUUAAAAUGUUCGGAUUAUAAAUCGCUUCCCUUGAAGAGGUCACAUAAUUGGGUUGCUGCUCAAAUUUAGUUCGACAUUUCGUUCUUGUAAACUUUCAAAUUAAUAUUUACGUGACUUUACCGAAAGAACCAAGCAUAUGCAUUCCGGCAGCCACGAAAGUUUUAAGUCUAAAAUUCAUAUUUUUAUUCACACGAAGUUGGGUUUUC